CGAGCCGCGAAACUCGGCCCUAGCCAGCGAACACUCGACAGUCUACCGUGGUGCCCCGUACCGAAUGUAGCUCCUCCGUCGACGACGAAUACGUCAUUUAUAAAUCGAGCGAUAAUCGCUGGUCGUGCGACGAUAUAAUUACAUUUACUAAUUACACGUUACGACGAUUGAUACGUUACGUAUUCAGUUCGUGUCGCCGUUAGCGAUUGGAUAAUAUUAUUUUUAUAUAAAUAUAACGCAUUCUUUUUUUCUUUUAUUUUCUUCAUUUCCUUUAUUACCAAAUGAAAUAUUAUCGAUAAAUGAACUUUAAUGAAAAAUAAUAAUAUUCGUAUACCCAACCGAGGAAUUUAACUACACGACCACCGUAUUAUAUUCUACGUCGCUGAAAACCUCAGCUGAUAAACAACCCUUCGAUUAUAUUGUUUAAACAACAACUGCGACGAUACAGUGGAGUUCGAAACUUACGUGAUUCAAGGUUUUUUUCUAUCAUAAUUACAAUCGUACUCGAGUACAUAAAUUAACAAUAAUAAGAACAACGAUAAUCGAAGGAAAAAUUACAAAAUAUAAAAAUAUUUGUAAUAAAUAAAAAUAAUACAAAAAAAUUUGUUUAAAUCAUCACCCACGAACACCACACCACCAACGACUGACUACCCACGAAUGGAAUAAUUUAAUCGACCGAUUUGAAAAAGUUCGUAUUUUCAAAAUCGUUGUUUUUUUCCAGUUUGUCGAUUGUCAAAGUAAUUCGCAUAAAUUACUAUUCAUCUAUUAUUAUUUCUGUAACGAUAUACAUCGCGGUGUGUCGUGUCCAGGUAUAAUAUUACCGAAACAAAAUAUACCUGUACAGGUAAUAAAUAGUGUGAACGAUCGACAAAAUUAUAAUUCAAGUGUAAUUAUCGCAACGUAUAUUACAGCUGUACGUUGCAUUGCUGUUCGAACAAAAAAUCAACAGCAUGGUGGAUGUGCCACUAUAAAAAAAAUUCAGACAUCGCGCAGGCGUCACAUCAGCGAUCGAGGGGUGUCAACCAGAGGCGUUGUUCAUGGCUGAUUCGUUGGCAUUCGCAGUAAAGGAGAUAUCGGUGAAUCAGGAAGUGACUCGUGGUCAACCGCGAAUCAAUCAUUUGCAGCAGCAGCAGCAACAGCAGCAGCAGCAGCAACAACAACAGCAGCAGAUCAUUUCAUCCGGACCAAUAAAGCGGCACAGUGAUUUUCCACAAAACAGAUUUAUUCACAGCACGAAAAUUUUACUCUCAAAGCCAAAGAUGCACAUAGAGGUGCAGGUGGCGUUAAAUUUUGUGAUAUCGUAUCUGUACAACAAAUUGCCGAGACGAAGAGUCAACAUAUUCGGUGAGGAGCUCGAGAAAGCAUUGAAGGAUAAAUUCAAAGGUCAUUGGUACCCGGAGAAACCGUUCAAAGGAUCGGCGUUCCGAUGUUUGAAGACCGGCGACCCGGUUGACCCGGUACUGGAACGCGCCGCCAAGGAAAGCGGGGUCCCGAUCCAAGACAUCCUGGAGAAUCUUCCCGCGGAAUUGGCAGUCUGGGUGGAUCCCGGCGAGGUUAGUUACCGCAUAGGAGAGAAGGGAGCCGUUAAAAUCCUCUACUCCGAGGCGGCGGAUCCCCACGAUGAAAGUUCGGCCGACCGUGAGGUCACCAAAACUUUCAACCCCGAGGCUCAGUGCUUCAGGCCCAUCGAGGCGGUAGGAACUUCUUUGGGCGGUCUGAGUUUAAGCCCGAAAUCCACAUCACCUUUCCCGUCGUCCGUCGGCAGCAGUACCAGCUCUGGUUCGUCGAGUAACCAGCAAAAUGGUCACGGAUCCGGUUCCUCAUCGGCACCAUCGCCCACACCGAUCACGAGUUCCUUCAAAGGAUCACCGAGUCCUGUUCCAGCCUUCAUUCCUCGUUCCACCGCUCCGCUGACCUUCACCACCGCGACGUUCGCCCAAACGAAAUUUGGAAGCACCAAACUAAAAACCAGCAGCAAGAGAGCUAACAGAUCUGACGGUUUCAGAAUGUCGCCGACCGAAUUUUCGAACUACAUAAAACAACGUGCGAUGCAACAGCAAAUACAUCAUCACCACCAUCAUCAUCAACCGGCCGGACUACCCGUGUCGCAAAAUUCGCCGACAAGUCGUUCGCUGUCGCCAGGAGUUAUCGGCAGUCAGCAACCGGCAACAGAUUCGAACGGUUAUUUCUUCCAACACGGUCCAUACCACCCACAGUUUCCCCAUCGCAAUCUCUUCGAUUCAUCGAAUCACGGUUACAUACCCGAUUUAUACGGUGCUAAAUUCCCGUCCGCUUAUCUCGACCCAACAACAAUCGGUCAUCAAUUCUACAACGGCGUAGGUGGUACGCAAGCUACGACAAACCUCGGUCCCGUAGGUUCGACAAACGCGACGACGACAUCUCACCAAGAAAAAACACUCGUCGAAGGUCUGAACAAUUUCGGUCUCGGUUCUGUAGCACCUUAUUCCACGAGCCAAUACCAGCAACAUCUUCUAGUUGCCAAUUAAUAUUCCGCUCAUCUGGAUCCGCGAACUCGACCACCUCGACCCUCCUCAGCGAUAUAAUUGACAUACAUACGUACAACCUGUAUAAUAACGUUAUACGACGUCUUUCCGAACGCUCGAGAAUUAAACCUGCGAAACCAAUACCGAAAGAAAAUGAGAAAUGACGAAAAAAACAAAAUUAGAUGAUAAUUACGUCCAUCCUUUUAUCGAAGACCCUGAGAAACGAAAAAAAUUAAACAUACACAUGUAGUUUAUCAUGAACCCCGCGUUAGUCCGCCCCCGUAUGUACGAUAUGGUAUAUUCGCUUUUUCUCGGUACACGUAUGCACGUGUGAUCCGCAACUUUGCGUACAUGACGAUCCACGGCGUCACGUCAUCACAUCCCUGUGAAAAUUUUUUAUUUUAUUUCCCCCUACAUGCAAUACCGAUUUUGAAUGAUCGUAAACGAUUAAGAAUAAAUAGUAGAGUUGAACUUAGAGUGACACACAAACAUCACGUACGCAUAGGUAUAUAACAUACACUUGAUCGCGUGCAUGGUCUUUCACGACACGUGAACGUAUUAUAUGUAGAAAGAAUUCAAAGAAGAAAAUAAUUAUUGCAUACAUAUACAUAUGUAUAGACAAAAUAGGCUGAAAAGCGAUAACUAUGACGUAAUGCAAAUUACGAAUGAUAUGGGGAACACCUGGAACUGCGGUAAAUAAAAUCCUAUGUAUACAUAUAUGUAGUAAAUUCGAAUAGCAGAAGAAAAAAAGAUGGAUAAAUGAAAAUCAUUGCUAUCUAUGUAUACGGUACUAUUCAACAACGCAUUACAUACAUACAUAUAAUAAUGUACGUAUUAUACGCGGAGGGGACAAAUAUACUUAUCGAAGUAUAAAAUCGUGGGAUGAUUGAUACGAGAUGUGAACGCUUAAUAAUAACAAUGAUAACAACAAUAAUUCUGACAACAACAAUAAUAACGAUAAUAGUAAUGAUAUAAAAAGAGCGUUCCUGAUCGUGUAUAAAAUUAAUUGAAAUAAUUGGCUAAAAUUACGAAUGGUCUCUGUUACGCCAAAAUGGAAACGAAAAA